GGGGGCUUGGAGGGGGGGUCUCGUCUGCGUCAGAGGCUCCCCCAGCGGUAUAUAAAUAGGAGCAGGCGGCAGUGCCCAGCCGCAGAGCGGUCUCCCUCGGCCAGGUGGCAGCUUCGCUUUCCUCCCUCCUUCCCCUUUCCCCUGCCCAGCAGGACCAGAGCGAGCCGCUGCCAUGAGUACCUUCGGCUACGAGACCUACUUCCCGUCCUACAAGCGGCGCUUCGUGGAGAGCAGCCCCCGAGUCCAUCUCUCCAGCUCUCUCCGGACCGGCGGAGGUGCCGUCGGGGGCGGCGUCGGCGGCGUCGGCUAUGGAGUGGCUCGCUCGACUUACUCCAGCCUCUCGGCGCCCGUCUCCUCCGCCUCGGUCCGGCGUAGCUACACCUCGUCUUCCUCCUCCUUGCUGCUGCCCCCGUCGGUGGAAAGCCUGGACCUGAGCCAGGUGGCGGCCAUCAGCAACGACCUGAAGGCCAUCCGCAGCCAGGAGAAAGCUCAGCUCCAGGACCUCAACGACCGCUUCGCCUGCUUCAUCGAGCGCGUCCACGAGCUGGAGCAGCAGAACAAGGUGCUGGAAGCGGAGCUGAUGGUGCUGCGGCAGAAGCACAGCGAGCCUUCCCGCUUCCGCUCCCUCUACGAGCAGGAGAUCCGCGAGCUGCGCCUGGCCACCGAGGAAGCCGCCCACGAGAAGCAGGCGCUGCAGGGCGAGCGCGAGAACCUGGAGGAGACCCUGCGCGCCUUGCAGGCGCGCUACGAGGAAGAGGUGCUCAGCCGCGAGGAUGGAGGCCGCUUGCUGGAGGUGCGCAAAAGCGCCGACGAGGCGGCCCUGGCCCGGGCCGAGCUGGAGAAGCGCAUCGACAGCCUCCUGGACGAGCUGGCUUUCCUCAAGAAGGUCCACGAGGAGGAGCUGGCCGAGCUCCAGGCCCAGAUCCAGUACGCUCACCUCUCCGUCGAGAUGGACGUCUCGGCCAAGCCCGACCUCUCCUCCGCCCUGCGCGACAUCCGCUCCCAGUACGAGAAGCUGGCGGCGCGCAACAUGCAGAACGCCGAGGAGUGGUUCCGCAGCCGCUUCACCGUCCUCACCGAGAGCGCCGCCAAGAACACCGACGCCGUCCGAGCCGCCAAGGACGAGGUCUCCGAGAGCCGACGCCUCCUCAAGGCCAGGACCCUGGAGAUCGAGGCCACCCGCGGCAUGAUGAACGAGGCCCUCGAGAAGCAGCUGCAGGACCUGGAGGAGAAGCAGAACGCCGAUCUCGCCGCCCUACAGGAUACAGUGAAUAAACUAGAAAAUGAACUGAGAACCACAAAAAGUGAAAUGGCUCGGUAUCUGAAGGAAUACCAGGAUCUCCUGAACGUGAAAAUGGCUCUGGAUAUCGAAAUUGCAGCAUAUAGAAAACUGCUGGAAGGUGAAGAGACUCGACUCAGUUUCACAAGCGUGGGAAACAUAAGCAGUGGCUACACGCAGAGCGGUUCGACCUUUGGGAGAUCGGCCUACAGUGGUUUACAGAGCAGCUCCUACUUAAUGUCAGCUCGUUCCUUCCCUGCCUAUUAUUCAAGCCAUGUGCAAGAAGAACAGAUAGAUGUCGAGGAGACGAUUGAAGCAACUAAAAUGGAAGAAGCCAAAGAAACUCCCCCUUCAGAAGGAGAGGAAGAGGGGGAAGCCGAGGGGGAAGGUGAAGAAGGAGAAGAAGGAGAGGAAGAAGAAGAAGCUAAAGAAGAAACUGAAGAGGGUGAGGAGGAAGGUGGAGAAGGUGAAGGAGAGGAAGGAGAAGAAGAAGAGGAAGCAGACGAGGGAGAUAAAAAGGAAGAGGAAGAUGAACAAGAAAAAUCUAGUGGAGAAGAAACUCCAAAGCAGCAGAAGAAGGAUUGAUCUGAAUCAACGUGUGUGCUGGUUUCCCAGAUAGCGAGCUAGAAUUGCUACACCAUGUAUUUAAAUUCCAAAUAUGUUCUUGUGUUUAAAUAAUUUAAUUAUUUAUCCAAUCUUUUUCUCUUUUCUUUUUUUUGAUGCAAAGUAACCCGAAUGCUUGCAGAGUGUCAGGCUGGCUUACCGCCAAACCAUGCAUGGUAUAUUCUUAUGAGUCCCACAUCAAUGUGCAAUUGGGCUGAUUUAAAACCUUAAUGUCUAAGGGAAAAUUAAUAAAUUAAGAGAUAUGGAAUUUAUCAGUGGGGUGGGGGGAAAUAUGUCUCAGGUUAGGCUUGUUCUGGAAACCAUGAAUGGGAAAAACAAUGAAAUCUGUGCAAUCAAGCUGGUUAAUAAAGUUACAGAGCUGCAUAUACAA